AUGCGGCAAGCCUUCAUCAAGGCCCACCGAAUCAUCCCUGCCUCCAGCUCAGACUGGGUUCUCAAAGCUUGUGCUGGCGGCUUCAAGGAAGGACAAAGCCCAACCGUCACCCUCGAAGAUGACGACGAAGACGAUGUCGCCAGCGUGAUCGAGUUCUGCUACACCUUCACCUACGCCGAAGCCAGGCCAGAAGACUGCGGACCCAUGACAAAGGCUCUGCGCAUGUUCUCGAUGGGCGACAAAUACCUCAUCGACAACCUCACGAAGUAG